UGGCAGUCCACAGGCAUGGAGCCUUCACAGGAGCCUCAGGAGCUGGGACCUGAGACAGAAACCAUUGCAGACACAGUUCUUGAGGUUGGAGAGAGACUGUUUCAGGUCAGCCGCAGGGCGCUUUCAGUGCACAGCCGUUACUUUGAGGCCAUGUUUUUCGGAGGGGCAAGAGAGAGCUCUGAGCAGCACAUAGUGAUCCAAGGGAUCGAUGCAGUGCCUUUUCAGGCACUGCUUGAGUUCACUCGCACAGCCCAAGUGCUCAUAGGCCAAGAAAACGUGACCAGUUUACUGGAAACGGCUGAUUUUUUCCAGUUUGACAGGGUGAGACUGUUGUGCGAGAAGUUUCUGGAGAGAGAGCUGCACGUUUCCAACUGCCUGGGCCUGAUGACCUACUCGCAGCAAUUUGCCUUUACAGAGCUGUAUGAGUCUGCUGUGAACGUGGCUGUCACUCACUGGGGGGAUGUGAUGUGCCAGGAGGAAUUUAAGGCGCUACCCAAAGAAAUGCUGAUGCAGCUCCUAAGAAGCGACGACCUCUUCGUUUCGCGAGAAGACGUGGUUUUUGACAGUAUUGUGAGGUGGAUAAUGGAGGACCCAGCAACGAGAGAGGAAGAAUUUCUGGAUUUGGUGGGCGAAGUCAGGGUCGCUUUUCUGAGUCUGUCCUUCCUCGAUCUCUUGGUGAAACGCAGCAAGCACCGUGGAGAGGCAGAUGUCUUUUCCAGACUAAUAAAGAAGUUAGACUGCUGUCCUCCACCCAGCUGGCAAAAUCCCAAACUGUGUCCUUAUGCUGGUCGGAGCUAUGACACCUUAUACGUCCUGGGAGGAAAGCAUGACAAGGAACAGCAAGAAUUAUUUCUCUUUCUACCUAAAACAGGGACCUGGCAGGCUUGUUCUCCUCUGCAGCGCCGGAACCUCACCCAGUACGCAGUGGCAGCAGUAGGGAGCUUCCUUUUUGUGACAGGAGGAUAUUUCCGGGAUGAGUUUGUGUGGUACAGUGUGGAUUGGGUGCUCAUCUACAACUGCUUGGACAACAGCUGGCUGGAAGGGCCAGCCAUGAAGAAGUCCCGGAACAGCCACUGUGCAGUGGGAGCAGGGCUCUACCUGUACGUGCUCGGCGGGAGCACCGAUGAGGGGAUAACCCCCGCGGUGGAGCGCAUGGCUUUGGUGGAAUCAGAGUGGGAAAGCAUGAGCCCUAUGGCUCAGCCUGUGGAGAGGGGUGAUGCAGUCAGUGUGGGAACCAGGAUCUAUGUGGUCUGUGGCCUGGAUGAGAAUGGACAUGUGUACGACGGAGUGCAAAGGCUGAACACGGAGACGGACAGCUGGGAUGUCAUCUCGUUCUCCCCGCUUCCAAGGUAUGACCUCUGCAUCACGUCCCUGAAUGGGGCUCUGUACACCAUAGGAGGGGGAGCUUUUCGAUUUGAUGUGGAGACUGAUGAAUGGACUCAGGUGAACGAGGAGUGCUUGACCCAGAAGUUCUUCAUGGGAUGCAGCACUGUGAACGGACGAAUUUACCUCCUCGGACAGAGGAAGGGGAACAGCGCCCUCCCCACUGUAGUCCUUUUUGACCCCUACACUGAUGUGUGCCAGGUCAUAGAUAACAAACUCCCUUGCCCCCUUCCUAUUCACGGCUGUGUCUCUGUGCGAAGAUUCGAUACGUGGGCGUGAGCGGCGCCAGAUCCACCACAAACAAAAAGUCAUCUGCUUUACAGCUGGAGGGAGUUAGACUGCAUCACGUUUGGCCUGUGAAAUUUUUUAAUUUUGAAAACAGAUUUGUUCUUUUGUAACUUUAUCUUUUUUUUUUUCUACGAAUGAACUCGAAGCAAAAGCCGGUGAAAAACUUCGUGUCUGCACAAAGGCUGCAAGUCAUUAUUGAAAAUGGUACAUGAACUCCUCGGGGUUGUUGCUAAAUAAAGGGCUGCUCUGACCUUGAA